AUGAGGGCGCGUGAGAGGGAGGCAGCCGAGCGAGAGGAGAGAGAGUUACAUUCACCCCGGAAGAGGCAGGUGCAGGAGAGGGAGAUGCCUGAUCAGGAGGAGACUUCUAGCCUUAAACCCUCGUCAUACCCCAGGCUCGAGGUCUCCCCUCUCGAUAGCUCCACGCUCUCGCCAUACCCCAGGCCUGUCUCAACUCUCGAGAGCGAGGCUUUCUUUUCCCCGGACUUGGAUAGAACACCGGUGCCGAGGCAAAGAAUGUUCACCGGCAUCCCACGCGCAGCAGACCGUGGGGUUUUGGGCGGUCGCUUGCGCUCCUCAGCGUCGCAAGACAGCGAUACUACAGAGCAGAGCAACGGCGGGGUUGGAAUAAGUCAGCGGCAAUCUAGCUUCCUCUGGGAUCGAGACGCUCUAACCCCUACACCAAAGAGGAAAAGACCUGUGGUCGAGACCGAAGGGGUAGGGCUGGACGAUUCCGACUCAGACGAGCCGAUACAGUCCGUGGAGCGGAGCCAGCGAGACAAGGCCCCUGCCACCCCAACUCGGCGGGGCACGCGGAUAGGCCCAGACGGGCUGCCGACACCUCAGCGGACGAAGAACCGGCUCCUUAUUGCAUCCGAGUCGGCAUCCAAAAGACGCAAGAUAGGGACGGCACUCCCAGGUCCUUCAUCGCCGACGACACCGUCUCGAAGCCGAAAUCUCCCGGCCGACGAUUCCAACAGUAACUGGGACUGUCUCUUGGACGAAGUGGAGGUGAUCCGGGACGAUUUGAAGCUGAUUGAGGAAAGGAGGAGAAGUGAUCGAGAGGAUCUCAGGGAAGAGCUCAGAUUGCUCCGGCGGCAACUGGUAGCUCAGACUAGGAAGAUGGAUGAGCUGCAGAGGCUCGUUGCCAGUCUUCAGGGCGGCCAAUUGGCCUAG